GUCAUGUAGUUUGUUUUUUCGUUUUGUGUUUUUCAAUUUGCCAAACUUGGUGGGCUAGUUGCGGAGUUGCUCCCGUUUCCAUCUAGCUGUGAAAAGGAUAUCAUUGGUGUAUUUAUCGAUAAGCUGGAUAUAAGCAAGUUCGACAACUUGACGAAGAUACGAGACUUGCGUGAUUAUUUGAUGAAGGCAUUUGGAGAGUUGGUUAACCAAGAGUUUGCUUCCCUGGAGAUUCUUGAAAACGAAAACCGUACCAAGAAAGCUCAGCAGAUACGCGAAACAGCUGUCAUGAUGGAUCGCUUUAUAGAAGACAUCAACCAAAUGCUAAAUGAAACUCAAGGCGAACAGCAGCAGGAAGAGAAUGUGAUCGGACAGUUGCAGAACAUGGGUGUUGAUUGGAGAGUACAUGUGUCGCAACUAGAGACCAGCUUGCCACAAUUUGUUGCACCCCAACCGUCGGUGGUCAGGACAAGGAGAAUGAACAGGACAAGGAGAUCUGAUGGUGGUCGUUCAGGAGAAAUGGCCAAUGGGCAUCACAUAAUGCAACAAUUAUGGGUUAUUUUUCAAAACGCCAACAAUCAAGUGGCUUUACAAGGAAAUUCAACUGCAAUCGAAGAAGAGCGCCAAGGAAAUCGUCAGCUAGAGCCUCUUUCACGAUCCACCAGCUUUAGGCACUUCUUAAGCGAAAAUUUUGUGCUUCGCCACGAAACGAAAACACUUAAUUUCGGUGAUCACCGUGUAAUGGCUAGAUGUACAGACUGGACAGUUGGCCUAUUGCCGGCUUGCGAAGGACGCUCACUGCCCAAGCAUAAUCCCAUCCGUACUUUUGGUGUCAAAUUACUUAGGACAACAGUGAUUGAAACUACCAUGUUUGGAUCGCAAACUGAACACAGAGCAAACAACUCUAGUAGUGUUCAGGUCAGCAGCAUGGUAAAUUUGCCACGUCACCUGCGCUCACAGAAUCAGGAAACACCAGGUGCGGAUUUUGUGAGCCGCGAUAUGAACACAUCCUCGUUGACAUCUAGUGUUCCCGGCAGAUCAACGAAUGCGCGUGAAUUUAGCACUCCACUGGCGGCACACGACAGCGAUCCAGGCCUAUCAUUUAUUCCCAAUAUGAAUUACGGCGAAGGAGGAGCAACAUGGACGUCAAUGGACCCAGAGCUGCCAGCAGAGCAUCAACUCGGGUUAGAAGUGGAUAAUGCAACUCCGGUACUGCCGACUGAUACGAAUGAAACCGCUCUAGUCGUAGAUACAGGUUCAUCGGUGAUUCGUCAACGAAUUGGAGCCACAAUAGCAUCGACUCCUCUUCAAUCAUUCCAACCUAGACUAACGGUCAUCAAUGAGGAGCAUCAUCGACUUUCCAUGGUGCAGCGUGAGCUGGAGAUGAGCGAGAUUUCGCUACCGGAGAAAGGGAUGACCACGGCAAAGGCACCUCAAGAAUCAUCGCUCCCAGAAUCAUCGAAUACCGUUGCAGCUGUUCUCCCAGUGACCCCUCCCUCAAGUCCACGGCGUGAGUGGGCUUCUAUUUUUCGACCACGUGAACAACUUGUCAACUAUGUUGAGGGACCUGCUCCCAGGCAUGCACCGCGGAUCCGACGUGCAUCACGUCCCCGGGCGCGUGCUCCUCGUACUGCUGCAGCUCCCACUCCUCCACCAACACCAGGACAAGUAACCCAGGACGAGGAAGCACUCCGAAGCCAACGUCAUAUUGCAACUAAUUUUAUCACUAAUUUGAUUCAAGGCGCUGCCACAGUAGUUGAGGCUUCCCAUCAAGCUAUUGAACAAUUAGAGGUAGUCGCGAUCACUAAUUCUGUACAAGAGCAAAAAAAGACAGAAAUAACUGAUUCAUUGGAAAUUGCUCAAGUGCGUCGAGCAUUUUCGGAUUCUUAUGCUCAAGAUAAGGUUUCUUUCCUUGAUCAAGCUUCUGGCAGAAUGACUCUGCCGCCUAUAAGUUCUACUCCAAUCCGCAAGGAUGCAAUUUCUGUUUUAGGACCCAAUCGUAAUUUGGAAUAUUUACCAGAAGUAUUGGAUGAGUCUAUUUUGAAUAUGCCCGAACCUAUUAUGCCAAUGGAAACUGAUGAAACCCCGCUGAUGGUUUCAAAUUCAACACAAUUGGCUGAUCUCAGCACUCAUGCCUAUGUGACAGAUGUGCAGAUGUUACCAAGACUGCCUCAAUCAUUUAUGACCGCCAGUGCAGAUACAACCAUUAAUCCAGCAGAAUCGACUGUGCCAAUAGCCGAUAGCACCGAACAGCUGAGGGAGCGCAGAACAGCAAUACAAAAUCAAUUAUAUCGAGAGUCAAUUAAUGAUUUGGCUUACAUCACACAACACGCCGACAUGUUGCGCCUCAUGGUGGAUCGCCAACAUGAGCUCACAUUGGAGGGAAAGUCUACGUUGCUUCCGAAUGGCGAUCAAAGUCAAGGAUCUAUGAGUUAUUAUUCUAUGCCCGCUGUCAAGGUCUACGAUCCUCAGAUAAUUUUGAACAUGGAACAAAAUAAGAUUCGCCUUGCUCAUGGUGUGUUUGGAGCCCUUAUUAGGCAAUCACAAGUAGAUAUACAAAACACAACCUUCAUUCGCAAUCGUAACGAUGCGGCGAUCACCUCUCACUUUUUGCUUGAACUAAAGGCAGCAAAUAUUAUAAAUCUAAGUGCGGAUGGCAGAUACUUUUCUCUUCGAUAAAUUGAAUUAAAGGCAGUUAACAUUCGAUUUAAUGCGGAAAAUUAAAAAAAAAAAUCAGAAAAAAACAUACUGAUAUGAACAUGAAGAAUUUCGUAUUUUUGGUUGCUUACAAGACUAUCUUUCACUCUCAACGGAUUUUAUUACUACUGUUUUUAAUUUUUAUG